UAGAAUCAAGAGUGAAUUGAAGUCUUUCGGAAACGAUCAGGAGAAGUGAUUUUCGAUUAUCGGGAGCAAUAACGAUUCAGUCAUAUCAUUAAAUUAGGUUGGCGGAAUAAUAAAUUCGUCGAAGGUUUAAACGUCAGAAUAUAUUACACUGAUACGCAUAUUCGCUUACAGGAGAAAAAAAAUAAAACGCUUGCGUUUAAUUUACAAUGAAAAAUAAAUAAAAACACAUGCUGCGAACCGAUCGUUUCCAAGAGUACGGUCUUCAUCAACGAUUACCUAUUUAUUUUAUUAAUUCAAUUUGUUUUUACAAUUUUUUUUUUAGAAAACAAAUUGCACGAGUACUACAACGAACGAUCAAAACAGCAACAUGACCGACGACGAUAGCCACGCACGAGAUUGUAUUUUAGACCGAAACGUGCGAAAUACGAUUCCGCCGGACCAGAUCAAUAGACUGAGCUACUGUUUGCAUCCCGACGGUUACAUUAACCCCUACGAAACGCCGGUUGCCUUGACCGAGUACCAGCUAAAGUAUUGUACGUUCAAGUUGGAAAACACAAAGCAAUUAGACGUAUCGCGUGCGGAACGGAACCGCGUGCUCGCCCUAAUGGAAAACCUGUCGACAGUCCAGCAGCGGUCGUACACCAACCCGCACGAUUCUCAUUACCCGGUCAUUGGUUCGAACGCGAUAAAACCAGCGCUGGACCGGAGCAAGGAGGCUGAGAUGAGAAAUUUUAAGAUGAACGGCUGGAGUGAAUACCAGGCCCACUACGACCGGUACGGGUACAAGACGAUCGCGUGA